GUUGUGUUAGAAGGAUAUGAGGCACUGCUCAUCACGAGGCAGUAUCAUCCUUACAGAGAAGCAUGGUGGUGGCAGCCCACAUCUGAACUUGAAGCAGGAAACAGACUGUGACGAGCAGAGCUGCAGUCAGAGGAAGUGGUCGAGGAACAAAUUCAACAUCACUUUCCUGACCUGAAAGUCAAACUUUGUCAGAACGACGGUAGAGCUGCAGUCCAGACAAAUCUCUGUGUUUCUAUCUGAAGUAAAUUCAUCUGAUCUUUCUCAACAUCUGACUCAAAUACUGACAUGUCUGCUGCCAGCUGUCUACUAUAUGAAGAUGAGCUUCGAUGUUCCAUCUGUCUGGAUGUGUUCACUGAUCCAGUCUCUACACCAUGUGGACACAACUUCUGUAAACACUGCAUCACUCAACACUGGGAUACUAAUGAGCUAUGUAAGUGUCCAAUGUGUAAUAAACUGUUUCAGACAAGACCUGAAGUUAACAUCAACACAUUCAUCUGUGAGAUUGUUGCUCAGUUCAAACAUGAAGCUCAACACGGAAUGAAGACAGAAGAUAAAGUUGAGCAGAUGAUCCAGAAGAUUGUGGAGAUGAAAGAGUCAGUGAAGAUGAGUAUAUAUGCUGCAGACAGAGAGAAAGCAGAAGGUGUUCAGGUCUUCACUGCUCUGAAGGAGUCUGUUGAGAGAGGCCUGGACCAGCUCAUAAAGGAGAUCGAAGACAAACAGAAAACAACAGAGAAACAGGCUGAAGGUUUCAUCAAAGAUCUGGAACAGGAAGUCUCUGAGCUGAUGAUGAAGAGCUCUGAGGUAAAGCAGCUCCUACACUCUGAAGACCACCUCAACCUCCUCCAAAGCUUCUCCUCCCUGAAAGCUGCUCCACCCACCAAGGACUGGACAGAGGUCAGCGUCCGUCCACCAUCAUAUGAGGGGACUGUGGUGAGAGCUGUGACUCAGCUGAAGGAGAAACUCAAGAAAGACAUGAAGAAGCUGCUUGAGGCUCAGCUGAAGAGGCUCCAGCAGUAUGCAGUGGAUGUGACUCUAGAUCCUGAUACAGCAAAUCCUUACCUCAUCUUGUCUGAUGAUGGAAAACAAGUUUACUGUGGUAAUGUGAGGAAGAAUCUUCCAGACAACCCAGAGAGAUUUUCUAUAUACGGUCUUGUUUUAGGAAAGCAGAGUGUCUAUUCAGGUAGAUUUUACUUUCAGGUUCAGGUUAAAGGAAAGACUGGAUGGUAUCUAGGAGUGGCCAGAGAGUCAAUCGACAGAAAGGGAGAAAUCAGUCUGUGUCCUGAGGAUGGUUUCUGGACUGUGUGUUUGAGAAAUGGAAAUGGGUAUGAUGCUAAUGCUGAUACUCCAGUGUCUCUCUUUCUUGAUUCUCGUCCUGAGAAGGUGGGGGUGUUUGUGUAUUAUGAGGAGGGCCUGGUCUCCUUUCAUGAUGUAGAUACUGCAGCUCUUAUCUACUCCUUUACUGGCUGCUCCUUCAGUGACAAACUUUAUCCAUUCUUCAGUCCUAAUCCAAACUAUGGUGGCAAAAACUCUGCACCUCUGAUCAUCUGUCCUGUCAAUCAAACUGUCGAAUGAAUGAAUUCAAACUCAUUAAUCUUCACUCUUUAUUUAUCUUUAUUUUAUUUAUUUAUUUAUCCACACUCUGUACAUAUAUGCUUUAAUACUACA